UUGGAGGCCCGGGGAGCGGGGCGAGGGGAGUCGGGCUGCGGCACCACAAGACCCAUGGUGCCCGCCCAACCACCGUUAAAGGCUGGCGACCGGGCCUCCCCCUCGCUCCCCCCGCCAGGUGGCGGCACGGGGUCUCCCCGCAGGGCGGCGGCCAUCUUGAGAGCGGGCUGCCCGCUUCCUAGAUGGCCGCUGCCUUCCCGUCGCGCGGCCUGCCUGCCCGGGGAUGACGGGCGCCGCCUCGCUGCUGCUCCUGCUGCUCCGGCGCCGGGGCCGCGGCCUCCUCCGGCCCGGGACUCCGCUGCCGGGCGGCGCUCGGGGGGCUCUGGCGCGCCGCUGGACCCGGGCCCCCGCGGAGCGCCGGCCGGGCGACGACCUUCAGAUCAGAGGUACCUGGCCUUGACUGCGGGCUUCCUUACUGGUGGCACCUGCUGCUAUUUUUCUACGUCUGGUUCUCAUCGCAAUGACCGAGGCGGGGGAAAGCCCAAAGGGAAAGCCCCAGAGGAAGAUGAGGAGGAAAAGAGACGCCGAGAGAGGGAAGACCAGAUGUAUCGCGAGCGACUGAAGGUCCUCUUCUUCAUUGCCAUCAUCAUGAGCCUGCUGAACUCGCUGACCACCAGCGCGGGAAGCAUUUCCUGGAACGACUUUGUCAAUGAGCUGCUGGCCAAGGGGGAGGUGCAGAGUGUGCAGGUGGUGCCAGAGAGCGAAAUCGUGGAAAUCCACUUGCACCCGGGGGCCGUGGUCUUUGGGUGGCCCAAGUUGAGCCUGACCUACGUGAUGAAGGUGGCAAACAUCGACAAGUUCGAGGAAAAAUUGCGAGCAGCCGAAGAGGAGCUGAACAUCGACCUGAACGACCGGAUCCCCGUCUCUUACAGGCGCAGCAGCUUCUUUGGAAAUGCCCUCUACACCUUGGGAAUGACUGUGGUGAGCGUUGGCAUUCUAUGGUACAUUUUUCGGCUGGCUGGCAUAUCAGGAAGAGAAGGCGCCUUCAGUGCCUUCAACCAGCUGAAAAGGGCUCGCUUCACAAUCGUGGAUGGCAAAUCUGGGAAAGGGAUCAGUUUCAAGGAUGUAGCAGGCCUGCACGAGGCCAAGACAGAAGUCAAGGAAUUUGUGGAUUAUCUGAAGAGUCCGGAGCGCUACCUCCAGCUGGGUGCCAAAGUGCCCAGAGGGGCCCUCUUGCUUGGGCCACCAGGCUGCGGCAAGACCUUGUUGGCAAAAGCGGUGGCUACAGAGGCCCAAGUGCCAUUCCUGGCAAUAGCUGGCUCCGAAUUUGUGGAGGUGAUUGGCGGCCUUGGCGCUGCCCGGGUGCGGAGCCUCUUCAAGGAAGCCCGGGCUUGUGCCCCGUGCAUCGUUUAUAUAGAUGAAAUCGACGCGGUUGGGAAAAGGCGUUCGACAAACAUGUCUGGCUUCUCCAACACAGAAGAGGAGCAAACCCUGAACCAGCUGCUGGUAGAAAUGGACGGGAUGGGGACCACAGACCACGUCAUCGUGCUGGCAUCCACCAACCGAGCUGAUAUCCUGGAUAAUGCUCUCAUGAGACCCGGGAGGCUCGAUCGCCACAUUUUUAUCGAUCUGCCCACUCUGCAGGAGAGAAGGGAGAUCUUCGAGCAACACCUGAAGGGGCUGAAGCUCUCCCAGCCCAGCAGCUUCUACUCCCAGCGGUUGGCUGAACUCACCCCAGGCUUCAGCGGAGCUGAUAUUGCCAACAUUUGUAACGAGGCGGCUCUCCACGCUGCCAGAGAGGGAUACAAAUCCAUCGACACGAUCAGUUUUGAGAGUGCUGUGGAGAGAGUAAUUGCAGGCGCUGCCAAGAGAAACAAGAUCCUUUCACAGGAAGAGCGGAGGGUAGUGGCAUUCCACGAAUCGGGCCACGCCUUGGUGGGCUGGCUGUUGGAGCACACCGAAGCAGUGUUGAAGGUGUCCAUUGCUCCCCGCACAAACGCUGCGCUGGGCUUUGCCCAGAUCCUGCCCAAAGACCAGUACCUCCUGACCAAGGACCAGCUCUUUGAGCGGAUAUGCAUGGCGCUGGGGGGCAGAGUCGCGGAAGCCAUCACCUUUAACAAAGUGACUACAGGGGCCCAAGAUGACCUCCGGAAGGUCACCAGGAUAGCCUACUCCAUGGUGAAACAAUACGGAAUGAUGCCCACCAUCGGCCAUCUGUCCUUCCCAGAGACGGAAAGCGGUCCGGGGAUUGGACGGCGCCCCUUCAGCCAAGGGCUCCAGCAAAUAAUGGACCACGAAGCAAAGUUGCUGAUAGCCCAAGCGUAUAGGCGCACAGAGAAGCUGCUCUUGGACAACCGGGACAAACUGAAGAUGCUGGCAGACGCCCUGUUGGAGAAAGAAGUGAUCAACUACGAGGACAUUGAAGCCCUUCUUGGCCCUCCCCCCCACGGGCCCAAGAAAACAAUCUCUCCCCAGAGUUGGAUUGAAGCCGAGAGAGACAAGCAGGACAGAGGAGAGGAAGAGACGCCUCCCCCAUUGCCCCCCUACAAGGAGGAGCAGGAGCCUCACCUGAGCUCCGUUUGAAGGCCGAUCAGGAAGCGAGUAGCCGGUUAGAUUCAGGUUUUUCUUCCAAACUUAGAAGUGCUAAGGAUGCUUAUUUUUGCAUCCUGAAUCCAGCCCAGUUUGGAUGUGGGCAGUAGGCAGGCCAAGCGGUGAACAGUGCCGGAAGCACCAUCUUUGAGACCCCUUUGGUUUUGGUUCAGAGCUGGUCUGAGUGACCUGUCCUUCCUGGAACAAACCCAGGUCUCUGCCUGGGGUCUCCUGCUUAGCUGUCCUCACUAGAACCAUUUGGUUGCUAUCUCAGUGCAGAGGCACGUUAGAGAGUUUCAAAGUAGGACCUUGCAUUGCAGAGUUGAGAAAAGCAACUAUUUUAGUCCUGCUACCUAAGCGCCCCCUUCUGCCAGGCUCCGUCACCUCCUGUGAUCAGUGUCUGCCACCUAGUGGUCUGCUGAGGAACCAGCAUCACAAUUUGUUCUGGUGGAGAAGUCUGGUUAAGCCACCCAGUUCCUGCCUGGUGGUGUUGGGCAUUUUCAAGGGGAACCUGACUAUAUACAGCACAAUUGAAUGGUUCUUGGUGAGGGAGCAAAGGCGGCUGAGAAUUGGGACUCGGCAGCAUCUAAAGUGAAGCCAUAAGCUCCCUGUGCUUGUCUGCAGCCUAGCAACAUCUUUGUGAAAACCCAUUUCUCAAAUUUAGGAACCACAGCAUCAAUGAAGUGGGAUUUUAGGGUACAUACAUGUAUUUGCCUUUUUUUUACACUGGAAGAUAUUGUAUUUGGUUUUCAACGGGCUGCUGUAUUUCAAUAAAGAUUCAGAAGUGCUGCA